GUCUGGGGAGGACGAAGGGGCCAGUGCCUCGCGCUGGCUGCGCCCGCUGCAGGUGUCGCAGGAGGACGUGGCGCGGAUCAGGGCUGCGCCGCAGCGCAGCAGCACUGGCCGGGCCUCCGCGGACUGGCUGCGCUCCCGGCGGCACCGCCUCACGGCCUCCCGGUUUUACAAGGCGCUGGAGGCUGUCUCCGGGGAGUGCCUGCCUGGCGACGCGAGGCUGUGCCGCGAGCAGCUCAUCGAGGACAUGCUCGUGCAGCCAGAGGCGCUGAGGAGCCCCAAGCGGUUCGGGCUUGCCAACGAGGCACGGGCUCGGCAGUCUUACAUCGGGUACCGCGUGCACGGGCAAGACGAGGGUUUCCGGAAGGCCUUCCGCGUCGAGGAGAUUGGGCUCUGCGUUUGGCAGGAGGAGCCUUGGCUUGCGGCUUCUCCGGACGGCGUUGUCUCGGAGUGCGGCAGCGUUGGCGCGCUCGAGAUCAAGUGCUGCAAGAGCGCGUCCCACAUGUACAGCGUGGAUAACAUCCCGCGCCAAUUUUAUGACCAGAUGCAGGGCGAGAUGGUCAUCCUCAGUAUCGUUUAG